UCACUCUCAGUGGACGGAGCACCGGGGGAAAGCGGAGCGGCCACUUUGAUCCACUCACACAGGACAGCAGGAAGAGAUGGCGCCUGAAAUCACCUGCCGUGUUAUGACCUGGAUGUUUGUGCUCGUGUUGGUGUCCUCUCUCGUCCCGACUGCGGCCUCCGCUGAUCGGACGAAGACGGUUGAGUUCAACGUCAAACCUGGAGGAGUCGUGCACACGUUCAGCCAGAGAAUAAUGGAUUAUGAAUGUUCAUUCACUUAUGCUUCACAAGGGGGAACCAAUGAGCAAUGGCUGAUGAGCGUGGGCCUGAGUGAUGAGGACACUCUGUUUUCCUGUUCUGUCUGGAGGCCUCAGGGGAAAUCAUACUUGUUUUUCACUCAGUUCAAAGCUGAACUGAAGGGAACCAAAAUUGAAUAUGCCAACGCAUAUUCCCAGACUGCCGGGGCAGGACAGAGUGACGUGCCUCUGAGGCCGGACGAAUUUACCAUUGGAGACUCAACAGUGACCCACAAUGACGGCAAGUUCAACGCUCAACUCUCCAAACUGACGGCCAUCGGACGGACAAAGCACGAUGAGCUGUAACUGGUCAGAAGCCUGACUCGGCUCGGGUCACGUUUUGACCAAUGGGAGCAGCUGGGUGGGCUCGGAGCUGGGCUUCUCUGUUUCAGCUCAGCGGUCAAUGAAGGAAGGAUCUGAAUCCUGAGUGACAACCAAAAUUGGACAUAGGAUGAUACUGAUGUUGCCUUUGCACCUUCUGUGUCAGAACAUUAAAUACUGUACCCGGUUAUUCUCUUACCUCAGUAGAUUUAUCCUACUGGGACGAAAAUAAUAAAACGAGGAAGCGUCAGUUGAGUUGUUUUUUUUAACAUAGUGUCCUAGUUAAAAUUCUGCCAUAAGAUAAAGCGCUUCCAUAGUUGUUUCUUACUUUUUGAGGCUGUACGAUUUUCAGUGAAUAAAUCUGCCCUGAUCCACAGGGGAAGUAUGUGAAUGUA